AUGUCGUUUUCUUCGGAUUCACGGGCUCUCAGUGUCCCAUACGUUCUCAACCGCCUGGUUCGUACCCUCGCAGAUAACGUCAAAUACAACGCCCCUCCGAGCCCCAGUUCAUCAAAUAGACAAGACGACAACGCCUCGCCAGACGCAGACAACAUGUCCGGAAAUGGCGAUCCCAGCAAAUCCAGCGCCUGGGCGAAUAAGUUCAAGUUGUGGGGUAAAAAGACCGAUGGAUAUGAACACCCUGCAGAGCUGGCACCUGAGCCAAUAACUGAUGCCCCGGAGGCAGAAGCUAUUGCACUCCGAAUCCAAGCUCUAGUCGACUCCUUGCCAACUCCGGGCACAAAGCCUGAUAAACGCAUUUCGAAACCCCCCAAACCGAUACCUCCUACCCGGGAUUCCAAAGGGAGAUGUAUACCGCCCCCAGGUUCGACCCCGAUCAAGGAUAACAAGUUGAUCGCUUUGCUGUCUUCCCCUCCUGUGAUGAACGGGGAAGAGGAGGGCAGGAGCUCGGUCUGGUCCGUCCUGGAGACAAUUCAUCAUCGUACCCAUCCACCGAAGGGGGACGACGGAGGGGAGGGCGGGGAUGAAGACGAGGAGGAAGAUGAUCGGUCGUUGAUGUUGUAUGCCCCGCUUGUACCAACCAAGGACUCUAAAUUGGAAGUUGCGGCGACUGCGACAUUGCUCCCUGAAGGCGCAGCAACAACAGAAGGCGGGGGCCCGCCGCCAGCAGGCUGGUGGCCAUGGGGACCAUCCAAGAAGCCAGCCCCCGGCAAGAAAGUGCGGGUGAAAGGGAAGAAAGUCUGGGUCCCCUCCACUACUUCACUCUCUGUGCAGACGAUGUGGUGGGGUUACAAGUUGUACCUUCCCCCUCCCGUGUUGGACAUACUGAACGACAGGCAGCUUGAGGCCACCAAGCGCGCAGCAAUGAUCACAACGGCACUGAAGUGGAUCGUCGACAAUAUUCCUACGGCUAUGAUUCCGCUACCCUUGCAACCCGCGUUGCUAGUCAUUCAGCGUAUAGUCCCGUUCAUUGGGUACAUCGGUGGAUUUAUUGCUUGGAGCUGGAGCACCAUCAAGUCUUAUGAUGAAGGUUUGGGUGUUAUCCUCACGGCUACCUGGAUUUUGCCAGUCGCUCUUAUACCCGGGACUUGGAGAGCAUCGGAUGUACCUUCAGCAGAACCCGACCCCCCAGCUAGCGAUCCCCCUGCCUCCGAGCCAACCCCCACGGAUCCACCCCCUACCACUACCCCAGCCGCCAACGCGAAGUCCAAGACCAAGGCCAGACGAUAA